UUUUUUUUCUGUGUAGUAAUUAUAGUAAGGGAGUAUUACCACCACUUAAAUGAUUUUAAUAGGUGCAAACUAAUGUAGUCAGAACAAAGAUAGAUCACUAGGUUGUAGGUAAGUGUAGUCUGUGUUGUACAAGUGUACUUUUGGAUGCUAUAGAUCUGUUGAGAAUUGUGCGGUUAUUGUACAUUUGCUAUGAACUUGCAGCAAUUCGCUUUAAUGCUGAUAAUUCUUUCAUCAUGUACUCACCUUUAUGUCAUGCCAAACUCAUUUGACCAGCAGAUUUAUUAUCAUAUGGACAGCAGAUUUAUUAUUAAAAGCAGUUGUUAUAAGUGGUGUUACCUGAAUUGUUGCGAGUCAAACAACAGCACUGGAAUUGACGUGCUGCAUCCGUCAUGUUGUCAUUAUCAUGUGAUGACCUACACUGUCAGCUGCACCGCUUCACAACUUAUCUCCUGUGGCCUUAUGUGAUAGUAAAGAUCAGAUGUGCACUCCAGAAUCUCACCAGAAAUAGUAGUAAACUUUUUGCCAGCUGUUUUAUGAAUUUGGACAUACAUGUAGUACUUUUUUCACAUACUGUUUUCACUUUCUAGGAUACUCUGUAGUAUUCAGACUACCAGUCUGUGUGUUAGUGAUGGGGAUUUUUCGGUGACUCUUCUGCAGGUUACAUUGUUAGGACAAUAGGUGGCAAGUAAUUGUCUUAAUUUUUCAUUCAACAAACGAAACACGUGAAAGUCUUAUGAGUCAUUGAAUUAUUCACUUAAGCCAUUCAUUUAAAAAAAAUAAAAAUAAUAAUAAUUACUAAGGGGCAAAACAGGUGACUAUGAAUGAGUUACUGUAAUUUACUCAACCUACACUAUUUAUUCAAAAACACAGAAUCAUUUAGGAACAAAACACUGCUACUGCGUGUUGGGAUUCGGAUUUGGCUGCGUUUGCAACUAUUUUUUUGGUGGAUGAACAAUAGACAAAGUGACUGUUUGUCUCUAAAAUGUAAGUUACUUGAUAUUAACUUUGUAACACUUUAUUUUAAGGAGCACUAUUAACUGGCAUGGAUAUUACUAGCAUAUUGGCUGUUUAUUAGUACUUAAAAAGCACAUAUUAAUGCCUUAUUCUGCAUGACCAUAAUUUAGAUUUAACAAUUUAACAACUACCUUACUAACUAUUAAUAUACUAGCACUAGUAAUAGUUAGUUAACCAUGAGAUUUGGAACUUAAAAUAUAGUGUGCUAGAAAAAAAAAAAAAAAAAAAAAAAAACCUUAGAAACAGCUCAGCUCAAGAUGUUUUUGCAUUGGUAAAGGAGGCUUGGAUGCAUCUUCUGAACUAGUAAUAAAAUAUCCUGAAUAUGUGGCACAGGAAUAUACAGCCAUAUAUAGCCAUAAUUAGUGGAUGUGAUAGACUAUUGUAAACUGAGCUGAUUUCUUUUGUGCUUUAUGGUGACUCCAUGUGAAACAUACUUGUUGGUUCAGAAGGCCCUACUUUGCAUUUCAGUCAUUUGAAUAGGUCUGGUUCCUGAAUCAAGAUGCAUGUGAGGUUAGUUUGCCUGAAGUUUUAACUUCACAAACUGAGACGUCAAUAACAAAUGCUUGGCCGCAGUUUGAAAGGAGCUAUUUGGGUUGGCAUGUGUAACUAAUCUGCUUUGGCAUGAAAUGGCUUUGAUACUUUUCACCUGAGAAAUCUACUUUGAGCCUGUCAGACUAAAGUUCAGGUUCCUGAAGAGAACACCAGACCCUUAAACCCACCACCACAACAAGCGCCUCAGCCCGGAAAACACAGAAAACCCAUGACUCCUCCAAAGACUCAGAAAGUGAAAAGGCCAAACAAAAAAAAGAUCAUCAUUACUGUCCUGAUAGUGGUGGUCGUACUGGCCAUUGUGGCUGUGGCUGCGUUCUUCAUCAAGCAGUUGAUCGAGAGCAAGUAUUAUUUUUGCUCCAAGUCGGUGAAGUUCAUUCCGCUAGAAAAGGCCUGUGAUGGGAAGGAGGACUGCAGUGGAGCGGAGGACGAGUCAAUCUGCGUCACAAAGUUUGGAGCCAACUCCACCUUCCCCUUACGGCUGAUCUCAACCCGUAAUGUGCUGCAGAUAUUCAGGCCUGAUGAGAAUAAAUGGAAAAGUGUAUGUGCAGACAGCUUCACCCAACAACAUGCUGAAACUGCAUGCCAACAGCUGGGUCACUCAGAUAAACCCACUUUCAGCACAGUUCAGGUGGGUAUUUUGCCAUCUGAUCUGAAGAUGUCUUUCUGUAUGGUGGGCUCAUCUAAACCCCAAACCUUCCAGCUGACCGUAUCAGAUCUUAAGUUAUGCAGUCAGGGAGCAGUCGUCACGUUAACAUGCUCAGCAGGGUGUGGGUUGUCCAGAAACCAGGACCGGAUUGUAGGCGGACAGGAUGCUAUCAUUGAGAACUGGCCGUGGCAGGUCAGCCUGCAGAGCGUCGGCCAGCACACCUGUGGAGGGUCACUGGUGUCUCCAAACUGGGUCGUGACUGCGGCCCACUGCUUCAACGGGGAGGGUAAGAAGGCUCUGAUAAGAUGGAAGGUGGUCUCUGGAAACACGUAUCUGGGCUCUGCUGGAGCUUCUUCUGUGGACAAGGUCAUCGUUCACAGAGAAUACAGUCAAGGACGCAACGACUACGACAUUGCCAUGAUACGACUCCAGUCUCCCAUCACUGUGGGAGAGUCUCGCAGGCCAGUAUGUCUGCCACCUCAAGAUCUUGGCCUCAAAAAUGGAGACAACUUAGUUGUGAGCGGCUGGGGUCAUACGACAGAAAAAGGGAAUUUGUCUCCGAAAUUACAAAAGGCUCAGAUCCCUCUGAUAGGCAGAGCCCAGUGCUUAAGUUCGUACGGCUCUUCUGUCACUCCCAGGAUGAUCUGUGCUGGUUAUCUGACAGGAAAAGUGGACGCGUGCCAGGGUGAUAGCGGCGGUCCUUUGGUGUAUUCAUCUGGCCGCUGGAUGUUGGUGGGUGUUGUGAGCUGGGGUGUAGGUUGUGCCAGAGAAAAUAGUCCUGGUGUUUACACCAACAUGGACCAGAUGCUCGACUGGGUCCAUUCGGUCAUGCAGGAGUACCAGUGAGUCUAGGAUGGAGAGAAAAACCAAAAAACCUCAGCACAGAUUCACAAAGAUCUUCAGUUCUCAAAAAGAAGAUAUCCUAUUGAAGAUUUACUGAUUUACAUAAAUUUGUGGAGAAAUCGCUGUGGGAGUUUUACUCAGGGUCUUAAAAUGCCAUGAGAAAGAUUUUGCACACUAAAAUAUAUCAUGUAUGUAUAUAAUGAGAACACCUAUGCUAUCUUUUGUGGAUCUACUACUUUUUUGGGACAUAGCAAUGCAAUCUUUAAAUAACAGUUUUGUCAUUAUUUACUCAUUCUCAUUGCUCCGAAGCAGAAUGACUUUCUUUACUUUGUGGAAAACAAAAUAAUAUGUUUAGAAGUAUGUUCAUGCUGCUCUCCUCCAAAGAGCAAAAACGGAUUACUUUAAUUACUAUGGUGCCUUUAAAACACUUAACAAGUCAUACACAUAAUAUUAAAUUUAGAAUGACAUGUUAUGCCAUCAGUUAUAGAGGCCAAAUCUUUUUUAAACAGACUGGGAUUAAGAGCUCAAAAUCAGAGUGACACCUGUAUUUAACAGCCGUGUG